UUAGACAUGUAACGUCGCGUAAUAUUAUUCGAUACCCUAUGGCGAUUAAGAAAUACGCCGUUCCCGCCUAAGGACCGGUGUUUGUAUUAUGUUGCACGAAAUUUCAUUAAUUCCAUUACAUUUAAGUACAACGUUUUCUCCUGAUAAUUUUGUGUCCUCGUAACGUUGCAUUCAUUACAAAAACAUGUCCGAAGAAAAAACAACAACGGAGGACAUGUGGACUCCAUACAAAGAAUUGCAUAGUCUAGUAGAACGAUACAUUACAUCUUCUCCAACCACUCAUGAUCUUCAAUAUCAUGAAUUCACAGAAGCAUUGCGAAAUCAUAGACAAAAUUUCCUGACACUUCUAAAAAAUCCUCCUUCCAAUGUAAACAGUCGAGAAGAAAUAAAGAAAGGAGCGACAGAGGGCAUUACCCUUCCCGGUUUAGGGUACCAGUUAUUAUCAAAAGAGCUAGUGGAUGAAACAUUGAUAAUAUCAGACAUGUAUGAUCUCAAUGAAUUUAUGGCGCUUGAUCUUUUAUGCACUGCACAGUUACAAAUGCCUCACCAUCCUGGCUUACCUCGGGGAUUAACAGCAAUUUUAUUAUACUACGAUGGAAAGAAAGCACUUACGUCGACUCUAAGAAUGCUUAUACAAGCUAGAAUGGGUCAUAGUUGGAAAAUCGAUGCACCCACUGUUCUCUUGAGACACAUUACAGAAUAUACAAAUAAAUUGGAAGAAGAUAAUUUACUGGAUAGAAUUUUGUCUUUGUUAGAACAAAUGAAUCCUGUAAAGGAGCAAGAAUUACUAGAAAAAAAUCGUGCACUGGGUGGACCAAAGCAUCGUUACAUGGUUAUGAAACUUUAUAACGACUCCAGGCAAGACUUGGCUGAUAUUUUAUAUUUAUGGUCUGCUCAGUCUUCACUGCCAAAUGAUAUUUUACUCCGUUUGUUGUCAUUUCUCCAAGCAAGACCCGUGGAAUCUGAAAUGCGCGAAGAAGGGCUAGAUAAAGUUACUCUCGCCCUUAUAAUGAGCGUAUUAAAUGCAAUCAACUUUAGUUCAUUGCAUAGCCGCGAGAACGGAGAAGAACUGAUAAGUUCAAUGCCAUUGAUCAUGAACACCAGUGCACGAGAGGAGUUCAGUCAGAAAUUAUUAUCAUCCAACAUUACUUGGGAGAGCGCUGGUUUGCGGGGAGUUGUACAAUUCGCAUUUGCAGUUGCUCUAACAACAAUUAAAACUGCGGUGAAUUCGCAACCGUUGAACAUUACAAAUGAAGACGAAAGACUGCUGGAAGCGGCUUUGUCCAAUAAAUGUUUCCAUUUUAUGGCUGAAGUACUAUUUAAAAACAAAAGCGUCUACUACGAGGAAUUUUACAUUCGUUAUUUUCAUACUCUUGUGUCCGAUUUCAUAUUAUUGAUGCCUUUAAAAGUGAAAGAUUUACGAAGCCGAGCAGGCGAAUCUAUGCGCUUGAUACAAGCGUAUCAACAAGAGGGGAUUGAACCGCCAUUAAAUUUAGAUAAUCACUUUGAGUAUUUAAUGCUGACAGUGGCGGAGUUAUACAAAGAGGAUCCUCUGAAGUUGGAUUUGGUCAUGGAUUAUUGGUGUCACCAUUCUGACUCUACGCACGUAUCUGCUCCUAUAUACAUGAAUCGUUUCCCGUCUAGACAAGUUGCGCUAUUUAAAUUUGUACGGCUUGCCGGAGAAAUAUUGCCAGCAGGUCUAUUCGUACCGUAUCUUAAAAUGAUAGCCUCUCUUGCAUCUUCUUCGCAAGCAGCGAGGCAAGCGUUCAACUUUCUUAAGCCAAAUGGGACUUCAGGAUCAACAGGAAUCUCGUGGAACCACUUCUUCAAGUCCUUGAGCGAGUAUUACAUCAAUCUCAGGAAAGAAUUGCCUCCCAGUCAAGACACCGUUUAUCGUCAGAGGAGCCAUCCAAAAGGCAUCACUCCGGACGAGGUGAAAGGACUCGAGGCGGUGCUGUUGGUGGUUCAAGUGAUCGCGAAGAACGACGAAAUGUCGAGAAUAGCGAUAUGCGAUCACCCAGGAUGGAAAGUGUUACCAUCUUUGAUCGGUUUAGUCAGUUGCAGCAUAUCGAUUCCGUUGAAAGGUGUACUGAUAAGAACUCUCGCCGCGUUGGCAAGAUCACCCGAGAGUUCCUCGACCGUCUGGCAGAGUUUGGAAGCCGCGCAAAUACUUUCAACGAUACCAACCAUAAGUAGCUACCAGCCAAGAGGAGUUCAGACCGAAUUGGAAGAGAUCGAGUCGAAGAAGGACGAGUAUCCGUUGACACGAGCGAUGCUGGAGCUUCUAGACGUUCUCACCGAUUUCCCGAUACCACGAUUGCUGGGAAUGGGUCACCGUAAUCCUGGUUUCGAUCCGUAUCUGCAUUUCAUCAUCAAUACGAUUUUCCUCAAGUUUCACACGCGGUCGUAUAAGAAUUUGGCGGAGAAGUGGAUAGUCGCCGAAGGUUGUCUGAAGAUUUUCUCGAAGCUCAUCAAGCAGUACGAACCAACCGUAGAGGAUUUCACUGGAUGCAAGGUGGAACUUCAAAGUGGAGAGACUACGGUAGUCAAUUCUGCGCCGGGAUACCAUAUAAUGACUCAGUUGCAUUCCAAGUCGGAGCUUCUGCACGUGAUACUGUACAUCCUGGACAAAGGUUGCUCCAACUUCGACACCUACGAAUCUUUCCCGGGUAAGAAGAAUCUCGAGAACGGCUGUUUAUAUUGCCUGGAAAUAUUGGAGAGAGGUUUGAAAACGCAGCACAGUUAUAUGGCGCAAUUAAUAGCCGCGAAGUCGGUGCACAAACUUUUAACCGGGCUGUCGAGAUUACUGCUAGAAGUGGAUCCGCAAUCGAAGAAACCCGACUACAUGAUAAACGUCGCUAAGUACGUCUCUUACAGUUCCUGGCUCCCCCAGCACGCGUUCCACGCGGUCGGCGUUAUUCACGAGGUGACGAACGAACCAGGAGCAGAUUCCGAGUUGCUCUCCACUUUUACAGCGACUCCUGCCCUGGCUACCAAUAUUAGGCACGGAUUCGUCGAGUGUCUGGAUACGGACAUCACUCUCGACGAAGACGUCGAUUCCAGCGAGAAACAGUACGCCGGCAACUGUAAGGAACGAAUUCUACUGUUGAUGAUGCAGAGCAUUACGCGACCAACGCCGAACAUCUCUCACUAUUUGCUCGGAUUCGAGAUCACGAAGGACAUACGGAAGACGAUGCUGUUGCAACCGGGUUUCCUCGGAUUUCCACGGACGUGCUUGCACUCUAUAUUGGGAAUUUUGGAACAGUCCCUCGAGCGCGGCCGCGACAAGAUCACAGAAGCUUGUUACUGUUUCCUGCACACGUUGACGGCGAAUAAUAAGACUUCGGUUCCGGUACUAAGAUUUUUACGUAUCAGCUCGAAUCAGGACUUCGUGCAAAGACACCUAUCGAAGAUGCCGUUCGAGGGUCAAAAUACAGCAACGGAGCUCGGCUGCAUGUCCUGGCUACUGAAGAUAGCUGCGAUCGAAUUGCGUGUCGCCGGCGGGAGGCUGCAAAGCUCUCUGGUUCAGCGGCUAAUGGGAGACUUUGGCCAAGAAGAAGGACAAGUAGUGCCCUCGCAAAAGCUUCUAAUGGACCUGUUGCACUACAUCGAGUUUCAGCUUCAGUUGGAGCCAGCGCUGUCGCUGGAUUUCUUCGACCCGUCUCAGGUCGAGAUGGUGCUGGGCCGUUGUAGCGUUCCUGUUGCUCUGAUAGGAGGUCCCCGUCUCAUAGACAUUAGGAAAUUACAUUCUCUCAUCACGGAGGAGCUGGCUGUCACGCAGAAUAGCGCGACCGCGACCCAGCGUAAUCUGAUGCAGCAAGAAGUCCAGAACAUUUUAACCCACGCUUUGAAGAGGAACCAAACGAAGUUGCUGUCGUACGCCACUGUGAAAUUCGUCGAAGGCUGGUGCCAAACCACGGAGAUACUCUUCUGCGUGGCUACCAAUCAACAGUUGCCCACGCCGCAGAAGCAGAAUUUGCUGUUGAAUCUGACCCACGACUUGCUGCAGAAAAUGACGUCCUGCGAAGCUUUGAGCGAGAUCAAGACGCUGGUGUCUGGCACGGUGCUGAUGUUGCUGGUCAAUCUGCGGAACAGCUUCAUCACGCAGGCGGACAGCGAGUCCUUCCCGUCGUCGCCCUCGAACACGACGAUGAUGAAGAUCAUCCUGAGCCACAUAUUGCAGUGGAUCCUGAACGCUGGCGCUUCCUCUCAGAAAGUGAUCACGCAUCUGUACGCGGCUCUGUUGAACUUCCUCUGCGUGGUAGGAUUGGAGAAGUCGGAAAGCACGAACAUCAUAGACACGAUGUACGUUAGUCAGUUGGAUAGCACGGUGAACAGAGUGAUGCCGGUACAAGAACGUUCCCAUCGGUACGCAACGAUACAAGUGAUAAACAGUUUCGGGAACAAAUUAAUGGACAUCCUGUGCCACAAUUGUUCCGGCGGCCACGACGUCUGCAAAAUGCUGGCGCUCUCCUGCUUGGACAAGAUUUUGGAGUUGGACUACGACAACGCUUGGAUACUCUAUUUGACCAGUAGGGGCUACCUGAAGCACAUGAUAGACAGCCUCUUGGAAUCCGACAACAUGUUACGCUGCAUGUUACAGCCAGAGCCGCAAACGUUACGACCGCUGUACCUGUACGAAGCGAAAAUGGCGACAUUUUGUAGAAUGGCUUCGACGAGGCUCGGCGCCGAGAGCCUCUUAGAAAAUAAAAUUCUCUCGUGCAUGUCGAGCAUGGUCGUUUUCGAUCAACAUCCCGACGUGCACAUCGGAUUCGAAGGAGGCGACUACUCUUUCAUACCCUCUAUCGGCCAACGUUACCAGCAGAUCUUCUUGCCAGCUUUGUAUCUGUGCGACGCUCUGCUCACCACCUUGGGGACGGAGAACCAGUCUUGCGCCAUACAAGUUUGCGGAUUCCUGCAGAGCCACCGGGACACCAUAGAAAUGGUCCUGCGGAACGCCUUCCCCAAAGCGAAUCGUCUGUUCCUGAAAGAGAUCGCGUGUCUCACCGGCGUGAUAUCCAGAUCGGCGAACAUCGACAUGUAUAAAUUGGUGGACGAGGAAUUGGCGAAGACGGAUUUCGACGACCGGAAGUUGGAAGACACUACUGGCAUGAGGGAACUUCGCGCGCACCUCUAUCGUCUGCAGAGGUUGAUGCUCUCUUUGUUGUGUAAAUUUCAGUUGCAGCUGGCACCGGUUCGCUUGAGCCACGAAGAAACGGACGCGAACCAACAGCACAUGUCCUGCGUGCAGAUCGUCGCUAACAUUAUGUUGUACACGCGCAAUCAAAUGCAGCACAGCAGAAUGGAUCAGAAGAUACGCAACGUGCUGUUCGAGCCGCACCUAACUCCAAAACCGGGGGGCAGCGAAGACAAGCUGAAAGAUAGUUCCGGUGGCGUGCAUCUAGGAACGAUCGUCGAUCAACUUGUUUCCGUAACGAAUUUAUUACACUCCGAACUGCCACAUAUAGAAGCUCUUAUAAAAAAGGUCGCGAUGGUGACGGAAAUGAGUACUACAGAGCUGAAGGAAUACAUGUCCGAGGAAGAAGCGGAACUAGCUGUGCGGAAGCAGAGGGUAAUAGUGGAACAGCGAUUGAAUCGCUGGGUGAAAGAGAAACGUCAAACCAUUAAAUACUGUUCUCUGAUCAUUGAACAUGCUUUGUACAUUCUCUGGAGUCAUUUGGACUUUUAUAUGAUACAGGUCAUAUCGCGACAUAGUCGGAUGCAAGUAUCAUCGGGAGGCAUAGACGAAGAUAUGGUCACAUGGAAAGUAUCGUCAGAGACGCUGAUGGAACUCAAGCAAGGCCUUGUUUCUACUUUUACGGACAGUUUUAUUACACAGUUGUUAGAUACACAUAGUGAAUAUGCAACGGUCGAUCACAGCUUCAUCGAAGCACUUGUGAGGAGAAUUAAAAGAUUAUUACAAUUUAUAAUUGUACAGUAAAUUCAUAUUUCUGCACAACGAUUCGAAUGUACAAGAGCAUAUUUUUUCAUAUGUCCAUGUAUAUUUACGAACGUCUAUCGAAAAUCACAUGAACAGUAUUUAUUAAAGAACUUGAAUUUGACUGAUCAGAACUUAAUGGUUUCAGUAUAAUUUUCAAUUGUUUAUUUUCGAGUACUUACAAAGUAUUUUGCCAAACGGAUACUCACCUAUUUUUAUGAAUUAAAAUUCACAGAUUACAAUUGAAUAGUUAAAAUAAUGUUUGUUGAUCGCAUUUGUAAUAUUUUUGUUGGAUCCAAUAAUACAUGAAAAUAUUCUUCCACAGUUUUAUUCUGUUACUAUAUUAAUUGUGGGAUCUAUUAUUAAUAAAUUAAGUAAAUGUUGUCAUUUUAAUAAGAAAUCCUUCGUAAGUUGUAUCAUUUAAUCAUGUACCAUGAAAUAUAUUUACAAUUUAUUUAUAAUACGGGUUCUAAGAAGUGAUAACAGCUUCGUCCCAAGGACCAUAAAUAUUGUCCUUGUAUCUCUGACACUGUACAUACCAAUAAGGACAUACAAAAUGAACAAAAACUAUGGAUACAAUGAAAACAUAGGAGAUCGUUUGUGAAAUGAAUAAAAGAAAAUAUACAGUACAGAAAGUUGAGAUACUCGAAAUAAGUAUUUUGUUACUUAAUUUAUAUAUUAAGAAUGGUAACAAAACAAAACAUUGCAUUGCAACUGUAAGAAGUGAGAAAGCAUGCAGUGGAGAUGCCAAUCUAGAAGCCAACAUUAAUGAACCAAAAAUUGAAGA